CACAGCCUUAAUUCGGGCUGUCCUAUUUAAAAUCUCUCCUCUCCCGUUUCGUUCUCAGAACAGGUGAUGCAUGGACGCAAUAAUCUUGUGAAUUAUUUCCAUUUCAUAUACAUAUAUUUUUAUUCCAAAAUGAUUGUGGAUAAUCAGAUUACAAAGGGUAACCUGCUUAAUCUGGAAAAGAUAUACUGUUCAUGUGUAUAAACAGACACUCUUUUAAACAGACUACCAUACAUAUGUAAACAAAUAAUGACGUGCACUCAAGAUCCGGCAUAGUAGUCGAAGUAAUGCGUGCAGUUUUACAUGUAGGAUCGAAUCCAGGAAAUCUAAUUGAGGUCGAGCCAGUCAGCUGAGCUGAGUAAUAUGUUGGAUAUAGAUAACGUCUAUCGGUGAACAGCUACCAGAAUCUACAUUGUUGCAUUUUCCAGAACUCUGUCACGAGAGAUACACAAGCACAAUGGAAGAUGUUAGUGAAGAGAAGGGACUGUUAGAAGGGGAGGAGAGCAAGCGUAACCAUGGCACCUUACCUGCGAAUGGACACUCCAUACAUCACAACCAUACGAUGUACCAAGAAAUGGAUACCGCAAUAGAUAACGAUGAUAACAACGAUACAUGUAACAGAUUUGAGACAUCACAAAGAACAUCCUUCUCCUGGGAUAAGAUGCUUCUGGAUGACUUAGCGUACGGAGAUGGACAGACGCCGCCUGGUAAAUUCAAAAGAGCGUUUGCAAGAUGCAAGCCUUCUGAUCAAACAAAGCUCUAUCUAAGAUAUACCAAAAUUGCAGUUGUAUUUCUGGCAAUGUUUGUCUGCACAGUAUUCUUCACUCUAAAAGAUGAAGUGAAUCCUUCGCCUGAAAUCUUCUCUAUCACACAGGACAAUCCUUAUUUAUCAGAAAUUAGAGAUCUUGGCAGUAACGACAUUAUUAUAGUCACCUUCAAGGGCCCUAUCGUUGAGUUGGGCAGCCUCAACUCAACAGAGAAUAUCACCGUCAGACUGGUUGGCAGGGACCUUUCUCUAGAGGGCGUCAUCUGCUAUGAGUAUUCAGAAGUUUAUAACAUCAUUCGAGAAUAUCCCCUAUCGAAAAGCAUCUUCUGGGAAGAAAUGGAGAAGAAAUUUACUGAUGUCAAAGAAGGAUGUGAUGAUAAUACCAGUUAUGAGGUGAGUUUUGAGAGCAACAUUGAUGAGUUGGUGACCCUCGAGACCGAACAUACCAUCUUACCCUCGUCAUCAAAGAAUGAGGUCAUUUGGGCAGCUAUUAUCUUAGUGGCUGUUUAUAUCCUGAUCGGUUUUGAGUUAAUACACAGGACCACUGCUGCCAUGUUAGGAUCUUUUGCCACGCUAGCCGUGUUGACCAGCUACAACCAACGUCCACCUCUAGAGGAAGUGAUGGCCUGGUUGGACUAUGAUGUUCUUGCUCUACUCUGGGGAAUGAUGACCAUAGUAGCCAUCUUUUCUGAGACGGGCUUCUUUGACUAUUGUGCUCUGCUCUCCUACAAGUGGGCUAAAGGCAAGAUCUGGACACUGGUCACCAUUCUUUGUCUCUUCUCUGGGAUCGUAUCUGCCUUCCUGGACAACGUCACAACCAUUCUACUCAUGACUCCUGUCACUAUCAGCCUUUGUGAGGUACUCAACAUUGAUCCUAGACACGUAUUGAUAGCCGAGGUAAUUUUCUCGAACAUCGGAGGGACGGCCACGGCCAUCGGAGAUCCUCCGAAUGUCAUCAUUGUUGCCAACUCUGACAUCGAAGCAGCAGAAAAGAGGUAUCCUUAUAUAUUGGGCAUAGGCUUUGCAAAUUUUACACUUCAUAUGUGUUUGGGGAUAGUCUUCUGUAUGAUCGCAGGGUAUGGAGCCCUAAGGCUGCUCUAUAGAGGCAUCAAUCUCCAUUCUAUGGAGCCGAAAGCUAUCAGAGAAUUGAAGCAUGAGAUUGAGAUAUGGCGUCGGGCAGCAGUACGGAUCAUGGUAGCGUCCAAGGAAGAGAAUACAGUCAAAGCUUUACUGCUCCAGAAAGUCUCCCAACUUGAAACACAACUCAGAAACCAAAUUUAUGAACAGAGACAUACUGCUAAUGAAGAUGUCAACUGGAGGGAAAAACUGCAAGAUUUAGAACAAAGGUACCGCAUCACAGAUCAUGUCUUAUUGGCGAAAUGCAGCUUCGUAUUGCUAGUCACAAUACUCUUAUUCUUCAUUCAUUCAGUAGUAGACACCAUUUACUUAGAUCUUGGUUGGAUAUCUGUUAUUGGAGCAGUAGCUAUCCUUCUUUUAGCGGAUGUGCAUGAUAUUGAGAAUGUUAUGCAUCGUGUGGAAUGGGCUACCUUGCUCUUUUUUGCAGCUCUUUUUGUUCUCAUGGAGGGUUUAACAGAGCUUGGUCUGAUUGAGUACAUUGGUAACUUUGUGGCUGGUAUCAUAGAGGAUGUGCCUCCAGAAGCGAGACUGGCUGUAGCUCUUAUUCUCAUACUAUGGGUGUCAGCCUUAGCUUCAUCUUUCAUCGACAACAUCCCAUUUACAACGGCCAUGAUCCCUAUUAUCCUUGACCUUGCGGAGCGAGAGGAGUUAGGGCUCCCUCUACAGCCCUUAGUGUGGGCGUUGGCCUUUGGGGCAUGCCUAGGAGGCAACGGAACGCUCAUCGGUGCCUCAGCUAAUGUAGUGUGUGCUGGGAUAGCCGAUCAGCAUGGUUAUGGCUUUACUUUCUAUGACUUCUUUAAGGUCGGAUUUCCCAUGAUGCUUUGCACCACCUUUGUUGCCAUGAUCUACCUCUUGAUCUGCCAUGUGGCGUUUGAGUGGCACUAGCCUUCCUUCGAUCAACACACCUGUAGAUGGUAUGCUUUGGCCUGAUGCUGCAGUUCAUUUUUACACGACUACCAAGGAAGCAUGUACAGUGAAACCUGUGGGUAAAGACCACUCAAAGGAGACAAAUAAAUGUCUUUACAGGCAGAUGGACUUUAUGUACAGGUUCCUUUAUUAUAAGUUUCAAUGAGAACAGAUUUUAAGAGAAACUAGGAAUGUGGUCUGUAUAUAGAUUAGACACUAGCGCUCUGACUUUGUUUCGAACACCUGACAUCCUGAUCAUGAAACCACUGCUCUUCGACUGCCUUCUGGGAUAUUAAUGUAUCUACUUAUUUUUUUUGUGUUUAAAGGUACCCUUCAUUAUUGUAAGCAUUGAGUGUUUCAUCAAGGAGACCCAGUGGUGUUGCUUCAUAUUCAAAGGUGUAGCACACGAUCGUUAAGCUUAGUUGAAAAUGACUGGAAGUCCAGAAAGUUUUAAUUAGACAAUGACUCAUUGAAAGAGACAUCUUUCCGUUAUAGAAAUUAUCAGAAACUCAAGACAGAAAGAAUAUUGUGGAUUCUUUAAAAACUUUUCUGUAAAUGGAAUUCUCUGUUAGAAAAAUUACAAAAUAAAAAGUCAAAUGCAUUUUCUGUUCUUCUUUUCUUAUUUUUGUACUCGUAUAGUCUAGAUGUGUUAGGAAUAAAUGGUAUUUGGAUUUAUCACUUUUGUAUUGUUAUGUAUUAUGUUUAUAGCCAUUUUGCAUUUAAGCAAUGAAAGAAUUAUUUGUCAAAAGCAAGAGCUACAAAUUAAAUGAAAUAUUUGCAAAUAAGAUUUAUAUAUUCAUACUUAUAAACUGAUAUGUUGUGUUGUGCAAGUACUUGACCUAAAGCAAGACAAUGCUAUUUUGUGUGCUUAAGGCUUUGAUUUUCUAUUAUACAAUAUAGUGCCUUAAAUCAAAGGGAAAAUAUUGAUGAAUUUGUCUGUUUGUUUGAAGUAAAUGUUGUGUCAUCAGCUGUUAAUCUCGGUCACAGAGUUAUUAUGAUUAUUAUUAGAUAAAGACAGUCAUGCUGAUGUAUAUGUAGCUUUCCAUGACACUCUUGAUUACUGACAUAUGAAAACAGAAAUCAUGUGCUCUGUUUGUGUAUCUUUUUUUUCUUCAUUUGAAUAUGAUUGUUUCAUGGCAUGUAGAUCUAUUUUUGCCUACAUUUGUAGUUGAAUGUUUAUAGAUAUUCUGAAAUGGUAUUACUAGUGGAGUGCAUACAAUUUACAUCGCCUGGUAAAACAUGUUCCCCAAUGGAAAUUUCUUUAGAUUAAAGAGGGGCAUGUGUGUGUGAUUGUGGGUGAUUUUUUUUCUCUGUUGGUGUGUGCAUGUGUGUGUGUAUAUAUCAUAUGUUUAAUUAGGUUUUCAUAGACUUGGAUCAAUAAGACUAUAUUAUUUACAUCUGAGGACUGUCCUCUAAUGUCACUAUUAAAUCAAUGUGAGUUAUUGCCAAUUCA